GCUCCCUCCAGGUAAAAAAAGCUAAAGCAAUAUACUUUGCUGCCUAUUCAAACUGCAAGGAAAAGUUGAACGGUGUUUUUGAUCCUGACUCUACCCAAGUACACAUGAUUUCAGCUGCAAUGGCAGGUACGAAUAUUCAAUAGUAAAACUCCUCUCAAUCUGGAAAUGUUAAUGAUUACUUCAUAUCAAAUUAAGAUGGUUGAUGUGCUUUUUAAUAAUUAAAGUGUGCACAGUGGUUUUUGUUCAUUUGAAUAAAACAUUUGCUACACAUAAAGUCUGCUAUCGGUUAAAUCUUUGUAUUUAAGGGUUAAGUGACUGCAGACAGUACGUUUAUUUUGCUGUGUAUGGGUUAAUAUUUGAUGCAUUCAUGCUUUAAGAGUCCAGCUGUUCUUCCACUGGAGUUAGAGCUGCCACUUGCUCUCCUCAGUUUCUGUUAGUGACUUUUUGCUCCUGUCUGGAACAUGCCGCCAAUACUUGGUGCCCGCCAUAUUCAUUGUGUCCUGUGUUCAGGUGCUACAGUUUUGUGAGGCUUCUUAUGACCCAGUUAUUAUAGCGGGUGUACCACUAGGAAUAUAUUUAUCAUUCCUCACAAUCUGGACUGCAUAUUGGACCUGAACUUUAGACACUGGCUUAUGUGUACAUGCUUGUGUAGAAAUGUUUCCAGGAACUUAAUGUCAUGAUGACAUGAUUCUGAAUCAAAACAGCCCUCACUGGUCUCUGCCUACCUUCUAAAGAUGAGUAGUAAAGAUUGGUUUGCUCUUCUGAUUCUGGAGUCAUUUGCUGCCAUGCAUGUUAGACAAAGCCUUGAAUUUUAGUUCUUAGUAGAAAUGUCUCCCAGUUUUCUGAAAAUUAUUAAUGUAUCUACCUCAUAUUUCCAAAUUGUCCUGUAAUUUCAUAAAACUAUAGCUGCUUUUAUCAGCUGUUGAUCAAUAAAUUGACUUCCCAUUGUGUUCUUAAGGAAUGCCGUAAACUGCUAAUCAUUUUCUAUUUAGAAUAGUUUAAUUUUGAACCACAUAUUUAACCAAAUGUAUGCUUGAAAUACUGAUUUGUGAAAUAUCGAUAACGUUUGCCAUAUUAAUAAAUCUAGUAUAUACUUUACAAAUUGUUUUCAAGACUUUACAUUUUACAAUGGUUGGCUGAUUGACAUUUUGAAGCUGGAAGGGACAGUGUUUAAAAUCAAGAUACUAUAUCCUCUGAUUUGCCAGCUUCGAGAUAAGCUUAAGUAAGUUAGGUAAUUCCUGGGAGUUUUUAUGACCUUAUCCAUGGAAUAACUGGAUUAAUCUGGAUAGAUUGGGUUUUAAGAAUUAGUUCUUAGUGUAAUAAUAUUCACCUAGUUACAAACUAGAAUUUUUUUACUUACAAUAUGUAUAGAUUAUGAAUGUUUUCCUCUUACGUAUUUGACUGGAUAUUGGUGAAAGUUGGGCCACUUAGUUAUAAAUCCAGUAACCAUUACAUUAGAUCAAUAAUAUAUUUCUAGAUUUCAGCAUUUGUGGUUUGGGGGCAGUAGGGUUAUUUAUAUCUAACUCCAGAAAAUUAAAAAGAAAUGUUGUUACUAUAAAAAAUCAAAAGUCAAGAAACUAGUUAAAACAGUCAUUUAGUUGACAGUGUUUAUUAUAGAUUUAAUAUUGCAAAGUUAGAGGGUCAAAGUAUCUACAUUCUUACCAGAAUCUUAUUUUAUUAGGAUAUAUUAAAAUUUAUUACUGGUCUUUUAUUGCAAAGUAAUUAAGUAAAACUUUUCAAUUCUUUCCUCAAAUGUCUAACAGCUUCAUUAAUACUGUUUUCCAAGUUGAAUUUUAUAAAUUGAUAAGCAUGCAUAUACAGACAUUAUAACACUGUGUACUUACUGUGUAAUUUGAAAGUAUUUUUUCAUUUGUUUACAGUUACAUUGUCCUGAAAAUUAUGCCUUCUACAUUUCUUUGCACUGUUCAUUAGUAUUAACGUUUAGCUUUGCAGUUUUUGAGUCUCUACAAGGCUGGUGAAACAGAGUGGUCCCGUACAGAUUGACUAAGGUAGUUUUUGCCCCAUUUAUUCUUAAAAUAAUCUGCACCAGAUUGUUCUGGUUGUCUUCGGGAUCGUGUUUUUGGACAUUGAAGGAUGGUUUAGAGGUACAAAGUACUUAAAGAUAAGUCAUGUGUGGAAAAGUUCUUAACCGGCUGCUAAAAAAUGCUAACCUUGUCACCUUAGUAGCAAAAAUACAUUAAAGUACUCAGCCAUACGGCCUUAGCAGUUGUGCCAUACCAGUCAGCACACUCAGCCUCUCUUCAGUUUCAUUUUACAUAUUUUCCAAAUCAACUAAAACAUGUAAUUUAAACAUUAAAAUUUAGUUAAAGUGCUGUUAAAGAGGGUUUUUUUUUUUGCAUUUUAUAAAUGGCCACACCUAAAAUGGACUAUAUGAUUUUGUUUACUGAAACGUUUUCCAAUUACAAAGAUAUUUCAUCCAAGCAAGGCUGAUUGCUUCUGUGUUUUAACCCACCUUUCCCCCUUACGUACAGCUGUUGACACGGCUUACUAUAGCUAUUGAGGGUAUCUGUUUUGUGUCUUGUGAAAUAAUCUUGAGUAACCUUCUGAGUGUACCAUGACACCUAUUGGUAUGCCAAAAAGUUAUAUGAAAUUUCUUCUUUCUUUAUAGUAAUUCCCAAUUUUUAAAAGUUUGCCUGACAAACACAUUCUUUUUAUAUGUAACAUAAAUAUAAAGGAAAUUAGUUUCUACUUUUAUUAUUGUUUAUCCAUACAGUGUGAAGUUUCUAGUAUAUCAAAAAUAUCAUUCAUAAUCAUUCAAUAUUGUCAGUAUACCUACUGAGUAGUAUUUGCUUACAGAAUAUAUUAUCUAUUUAUAUUUCAAGGUAUUUUUUCCUGUGAAUUUUAACUUCAUUAUUUGAAUGCAAGGUUAGGUGUUUGCCCUUAAAUGUAAAGCUUACCUUACAGAAUUCAGCCAAUGCAUGGUUGGGCAGCUGCUUUGUAUGCUUACUUGUGAACAUUUUCCCUGUUUUCUGUUUUGUAGAAACAAGAAUUAAUACAAUAACCCAAAAUAUUCCAUAAGUAUGGAUGUGCAGUAUUACUGCUAGAGUCCCAGGUGACAGGUACCACUGUUAGCAAUGUGUACUUUAUUAGUUACGCAAAGUUCCAGACUGUAAUACUCUGUUGGGGCUCUGUGUGUUUCUGUUUGUCUGUUUAUUUUAAUCACUAGAUAAUCUGAGUAUUAGAGAACAGAAGAAUUUACAACUCUUUUCAUGGUAGGUAAUAGUGAUAGGAGGAAAUGGGACACAGAAUCCCUUCUCGGUUUUUUGUUGUUGUUUUUUUUUUUUUUUUUAGAUUCUCCCUUGACAAGGUUAGCAUUUUUUCUUUAAGACAAAAUUGAUCAUCUUUUAGGCAUUUACUGUACAUUUCUCCCGAGAAAAGAGUGAGAUCGUGUCAUCUCAUGCUCCCCAUCCGCAGGUCACUUCCUGUAGAAAUAUGGACUAACUUAAACCUCGUGAGUACUGAACUGAGCAUCUCUUGCAGCCUCUAGUAUAAGAAACACACCCUGGGAUUUUCUGGUAGCUGUAGAUGAGUAAAGGCGGGACAUGGAUUGUGUGCAUUGUCGAGUAUUUCAUAAAGAUUUAAUUCUCCCUUUGUAAGCCUUCUAGAAGGAAAAUGGUCUACUCUUCAGUUAACAUUGUAAACCUGGGGUCUUCAGCUUGGCCAUUACUGCCUGGACCUUCACAGACUGACAGAAGUUUUACUGCGAUCACUGCAACAAACCCCAUUUGGCUUAUAAAGACUCGGCUGCAGCUUGAUGCAAGGAAUCGUGGGGAGAAACGAAUGGGUGCUUUUGAAUGUGUUCGUAAAGUAUAUCAGACAGACGGACUGAGAGGAUUUUAUAGGGGCAUGUCUGCCUCAUAUGCUGGCAUAUCAGAGACAGUUAUCCAUUUUGUUAUUUAUGAAAGUAUAAAGCAAAAGCUACUGGAGUGUAAGACUGCUUCUAUGAUGGAGACUGACGAGGAGUCUGUGAAGGAAGCAUCGGAUUUUGUGAGAAUGAUGCUAGCUGCUGCCACAUCAAAAACCUGUGCCACAACCGUCGCAUAUCCACACGAAGUUGUAAGAACAAGACUACGUGAAGAAGGGACAAAAUACAGAUCUUUUUUUCAGACACUGUCUUUGAUUGUUCAAGAAGAAGGCUAUGGGUCUCUUUACCGUGGCCUAACAACUCAUCUGGUGAGACAGAUUCCAAACACAGCCAUUAUGAUGGCCACCUACGAACUGGUGGUCUACCUACUCAACGGAUAGCAGCAGGGGCUGCCGUGCUGCAGAGCAGGAAGACCAAACGAUCACAGUGGACCAUGGAAUAUUGAAGCCAGCAUGGUGGUCAGAAGACAGUAGUGGGGAAACAUGUAACUACUGUGGCUGAGUGGAAGUUUGGUUUUAGGAAGUAAGGUACUACCACACCACAUUGAUCUUUCAGUGAGGACACCCUGGGCUGCCUCUUAGAGAAUGCUUUGAAAAGCAUUCCUAUCUCAAAAUUGCCAUUUUCUCUACUAUUCACCAGCUCCAGAUUUGUUUUACUGGUUUAUGACAGUCAGAAUAUAGUGUUAAUUCCAUGAGCAUUUUUGGUUGUUUAGACAAAAUCAUUCCUCAGUAUAUACUGUACUGUAAUUUUCCAAAAAUGACAGUGACAAUUACAGAUGACUAACCGGACUUCUCCUGCAGUACUGUAAAAGAACAAGUAGAUCUCGAUAUCCCAGUUCCCUAGAAGGGCCUGCCUGUUACAGUGUUUUAAGUUAUUUGACACCAGUAAUCACUGUGUUUUGACAACCAGUGAAAUAGUGUCUAAAUACUUCACAUUUUCAACAUUAAAAUGUUUUGGUCACAGCUAAAAGGUAUUCAUCAUAAUGUGGACUUUAACACAUCAGAUGCACGGAGUUAAUGGUUUUGGACUAUAAAAUAAGCUAUUGGAUACUGACUGACUCAGUGACGUAGAGCACAUCCUCAUACCUUCUCCAAUUAUGUGAUGCAGGAAUGGGUGCAAUUUUGAUUCAUAAUGUGAUUAUCACAGUCUCAUACCUACAUACUAUUUACUCUAAAUAUAGAAAACUAAUGACUUGAAUUUUUUCUGCUUACUUUCACAUUAAGAAUUUCGUCCUUUGAAUUGUUUCCACAUCUGUAUAGGUUAUUCUUGGUUGGUAGAGGAAAUGGUAAUUUUCAAUUUUGCCCUUUACAGGCUCCUUGAAGUGAUACUAAUAUUUAGGAACAUAUAAAUCUUACAAAAAGACACCCUCAGCCAUCAGAUACAACAAAUCUUAGUUGGCAGAGAGCCUAUAGGUGAGUGUGCUGCACUGGGCAAGCGCUCUGCCCGAGCUCCCUAACUGCUCUCUCAGAGCCAGGUUAGUUUUAGUUCCUUGUAAACAAGAUAGUUUUUAAAUGUUACUAUUGAGUCAGCACCAUCUUUGAAUACUUUAAUAUACAUGUGGCCAUUAUAAAGGUGUUUGCUGCAAUACUGUAGAUUUUCCUAUGGAUGUUGCUAUACUGGUAUAUAGAACUUCUACAAUUAAACUCUACUGUGGUACUCAUCAGUGUACCUUACUUAACUUUACAUUUUGUGCAAUGGCUUUCUCUUCAGAAUGACUUUGGAAAUGCACUUUGUGGCCUUUUGAAAGGGUAAGAAUAGAAUUCAUAUUACUUUAACAUUGCUAUGUAUUAGGCAGAAGAAGUGUUCAUAUUUUUCUGGACUUUAGGUAUGUUUUGGAGAUCUUACAGUAUUGUACAUGUGCUGUGUGACACCACAGUAUUAUGGAAAAGCCGCAUGCCACUGAGCGCUUUCUCUGCUGUCACCAAUGAAGUUUAAUUCCCUCUUAAAUGUCUCACCUUGACUUCCUUGUAAUCAGUAACUGGAUGUUUUUGAGGUGCUCAAUUGGAAUUAAGAAUAUUCCAAUCUAUUUGGAGACCAAAGGCAGGUAUGGAUCGUUACCUUUGGAAUUAUUGCAGCUUUGACAUCUGUUACAUGGAACAUACCAAAAGAUUAAUCCCUACCUGGGGGUUUAGCUUAAAUCUGUAGAGAAGGUCUCAGGCUAUAGUGUUUCCUCUUCAGGUGCCAUUGAUACUGCCUAAUGCAGCGCCAUUUGCUCUGUGAAGAUCCAUAACACUCUAUUGUGUUGAAUGUAGGACAUGUUCUCUGGGUCACACAGAUCUCAGAUGAUGAAGAGUGAAGUGAAAACCAGCAGCCAAGGGACAGCUUAUGUCGUCGUCACAGUAAAUCCAUGAUAAGUGUCCUUCAGGGAUGAGCAUGUCUUAGGCUGGUUUUGGCAAGUAAAACCUACAUUAAUGUCUAGUGCAUUGCACUCAGCUUUUGCAGUUAGCCUGUGACCUGCAGGAAGGGGGUUUUAGAGGCUCAAGUGUUUACUUGAAAAGCAACCGCUGGCAGGGAGCAGUGAGGCCGGCCUUGUGUUUUCCCUGAGCAUUGGUCUACCAUGGCUUACUGUAUGACAGACAAUCCAGAACAGAAAGUCAUUUAUGUGUCACACAAUUUGUCUAUGAAGUAUUUCUUUGAAGAUUUUAAUUGUAAUUUUUUUUAAAAAAAUACAUACUCAGAGCAUUGUUUUUUUUAAAAAAAACUUGUUUUAAUCAUAUAAUCUUUUUUUAAAUGUAAAGAGCUCGGGUGGACCUUGCUGUAUACUUUUGUUGCAGUCUUUCUUCUCAGAAAAUUGAACUUCCUCAGCCGGGCUGGAGUAGUAGCUUCUAGAAGCAGCCCUCACAGCAGCAGACUGCUGUGCUCAAGUGCUUGAACUCGGACACCACUCCAGCUGGGGAAUCAAUCGCAAGCUUUAGUAGGUACCAUACAGUGCUUUUAAGUUACCAGGGAGCGGCCUCCCCGAGACCUCUGUCCUGGCAUUGGUUUGCCUUUUUCUUCAAAUUUUGUUUUGUUUUUGUGGUGAUAGGGGCUCUUGUUACCUAAGAAGACCUUGUCUCCUGGUUCUCUGCCUUUGCCUCCUAAGUGCUGGUGUUACAGGCCUGCCUCUCCAUGCUCACAAACUCUGUUCCGGUUCUCACUGUACAACUAUGUAGAACCAACUUGAUUGAUUAAAGCGGUUCAAGCAGGCUUGUAAUUCUGAUACCAUGACAGCACUGUUAGGUCACACAACACAGCCUGACCUUUUUGUCACAUAAACCUGGAUGUCUCCUUGCAGUAGCCUUGUUAGGAUAAGCACAUCUGUGGUGUUCAGAAGAAUAACUGUUCAUUUACUAAAGUCUAAAAAUUUUUGGCUUUUAAAAAUCACCGUGAAAUAAUGAUUUCAUUUGAAGAAUGUAAGUGGUAGAAAUUGGUCUCCCCCUAUCUCUGAGGACUUUCUUCCUACUUCGCAGUUCACAGGCUCUCCUGUCCAAACUGCCCUUACAGUAGGGACUCCUGAGGGCUGAUACACAGCCCGUGAUCCUCCUUUACCAUGACUUUCAACAUUCCUAAGAUCCAUACGUCCGCGUAAAUAGGACAGAAUCUUACCAUAUGAAAUAAAGAGUGCUUUCUGCCCCUCACAUAUCUUCUCCCCUAUAACCUUGUUUCUCCAUAAUUAUACCUGGAUUCUUAUGCUAUCUGUUUAGAAACUAAAGGACUAGUUGUGAUGAGUCAUGCAAAGCUUUCUGAAUGUACCCCAGUGGAUGUGAAGUACAUUACACCAAUGAGUCAGUCUAGGCAGCCUGAGAGCUAACGAGCUUUGCCGGGCCAUGCGAGUGUUGCUCUUGUUGCACUUUUGUACAUGGCUGCAAAUUAUGUGCAUUUAUGUUCUGUUUAUGUUAACUAGCUGACUUGUACUUGAAUUAAAAUUUUAAAAAAUUAAAAUAUGCUUUUGAAAA